CUCUUUCGUUGCGACUUUAUCCGCCAAAAAAGAGUCCCUCCUUCUGUUGAAAGAAACACUCGCAACCUAUCUCGUAUUGCCGGUUCUCUUUGGAAGAACAUGACUUCUCUUGAAAAGCAGCCUUGGAAGAUGUUGGCGGAGCAGGAGAAAAUAGAGCACGCUGUUCGGUAUCCAGACUACAAAUAUCAGCCC